AUGGCUACUACAAUUGCUAUCCCCGUUAGCAAUUUACCAGCGUAUCCCAACGAGAAGGAACCAGCUGUAGCAGUCAUCGAAACUACUCAGGAUUUACUGCAGGAUGUCAGCACGAACAACAAGGACGUCCCUGAGGAGGACUGGGUCUAUCCAUAUCCGACCGACUUCGUCCUCGGCGAUCACCCCAUCGAUGAUGUUCGUGAAUUGAAAGUCGCCGUGAUUGGAGCUGGUCUCGCCGGCAUCACCGCUGGCGCAUUAUUACCUGCAAAAGUCCCUGGCAUUCAAUUGACCAUCCUCGAGAAGAACCCCGAAGUGGGCGGUACAUGGUUCGAAAACAGAUACCCCGGUGUACGCUGUGACAUCCCCGCGAAUGUCUACCAAACCAGUUUCGCUCCGAACACUCAAUGGAGCGAAGAGUAUGCUCAAGGUCCCGAAAUCCUCGCCUACUGGAAGGGCGUCGCAGCCAAAUACGGCGUCUACGAUAAGAUUCGAUUCAACAACAAAGUCGUGAAGACGGUCUGGGAGCCAGAGAAGUCUCAGUGGCGACUCGAGAAUGAGGAUGUUGUGGACGGACGCAAGACAACGGAGUACUACGAUUUCGUCAUAUUAGCCAUCGGCCACUUCAACGAAUGGAAAUUACCUGACUAUCCGGGUAUCGAACAAUAUAAAGGACACCUCCGUCACUCGUCCAACUGGGACCCAGAGUUCGAUCCAGUCGGCAAGCGGAUUGCAACCAUCGGAAAUGGUGCUUCUGGGAUACAAGUCACACCUGAGCUGCAGAAAGUCGCAAGCCAUUUGUAUCAUUACGCACGAAGCCCCACAUGGAUUGCCGGAAGCUUCAACGGCUCAGCAAGGGAGCGUCAAGCAACCGCACUGCUGUUCACGCCAGAGGAGCUCGAAUCUUUCAAGGAUCCGGAGAAGUACCUCGAGUUCCGACAAGAGCUAGAGGGCCCGUUCUUCAGGCGAUACGAUGCUGUGCUCAGAGACUCUGAAACGAGCAAGAAUGCUGCGCGUGAUUUCAAAGAACUCAUGCGUAAGCGACUGGUUGAAAAACCUGAGCUUCUCGACCAGAUUGUUCCGGAUUUCCCUCCUCACUGCAGAAGACUUACUCCUGGUCCUGGAUACCUUGAAGCGAUUACAAAGCCCAAUGUCAGCUUUAUCCAAACGCCAAUUUCUCAUUUCACUGAGGAUGGAAUUGUUACGAAAGAUGGUAUCCAUCGCUCAGUCGACGCCGUCAUUUGUUCAACAGGCGCGAACGUGGACUUCAGUCCGCCAUUCCCAGUCGUAGCUGGUGACUACGACCUUUCUAGAGACUGGCGUCCUGAUGGCAAAUUUGGCUGGCCGUAUUCUUACAUCGGUGUUGCUACCCCGGGUUUCCCAAACUUGUUGCAUCUAGCUGGUCCCAAUGCAGCAGGUGCCUCGGGCUCUGUGCCUUUCUCGGUGGAAACUCAGGUAGCAUAUAUGGCGAAGGUUCUCCGCAAGGUGAGCAGCCAAGGAAUCUCGACCUUGCAACCAUCAAAGGCUGCAACCGACGACUUUGUCACGUACUGCGACGCAUUUUUCCCUCGGACAACUUUCUCACGCAAGUGCAGCAGUUGGGCGAACGGAAGAAACCCCGGAGCUCGCAUUCACGGUCAAUGGCCAGGCAGCGCGAGCCAUCUAGCUGUUGUUCGGCGAGAGCCACGAUGGGAGGAUUGGGAGUACACGUAUGUUCGACCAGAGAACAGAUUCGCUUACUGGGGAAAUGGUCGCGCCAGGAGAGAGCUGGACCCCGAAGGCAAUGUUACUGCUCACCUAAAGUUGCCGGAGAAAGUCGAUCUCAGAGACCUGCAUGAGACCUGGUGGGAUCUGUAG